GGUUUGAAUCGUCGCUUACUUUUCCCAUCUGCUGUCCUCAAACGCCAUUCCUGCGAAUUCCUCCUCAAAAGCGCGCGCGCGCGAGCGAGAGAGUGGGAACGAUCAGGUCUGUCCGUUUGCAGGUCCGCAAAUCCCACAAUUCCCAAACCGGAAAAUUUCAAAUCCCUUUCCAUUUCGCCAAUUUUCCCGCCAUUCCGCGCUUAGAAAAACAAAAGAAGAAGAACAGAAAAUUCUAGGGUAUUGUUUUUUUCCGAUCUGUUGUGAGGAUUCCUUGAGAAUAGAAAUCCGAUUCCCAUCGUUUUCGUCGGAAUUCGAUCUUUUCGGAGGAGAGAUUUCGUCGUUUUAGGGUUCUCUCUUUGAUGCUUUCGGCCCUUUCAUGGAUUCGCAAACAUCGUCGCCGUCGCCUCCUUCGGAGGAUUCUGUGAGAUGCUGUAAUUGUAGCUGCUGUAGCCGAUCAUCGUGGCAUCGAUCUUUGAAGAGGAAGUUGGAUCAGAUUGUGAGCGGCCCGGGCAUCCCGGCUGUUGGCCAGGAUGUGUCCGUGGCCAGGGUCGAGAUCGAGAAUGAGUGCGCUGUCUUGCGCGAGUCCCUUGGCAGGCAGCAGCAGGUGAUACAGGAGCUGUACACGGAGCUGGAGGAGGAGCGGAAUGCCUCGUCGUCGGCUGCCAAUGAGGCGAUGUCGAUGAUUCUGCGGUUGCAGAGGGAGAAGGCCGAGGUCCAGAUGGACGCUCGCCAGUUCAAGCGAUUUGUGGAGGAGAAGAUGGCUCACGACCAGCAGGAGCUGGUCUCCCUCGAGGACGUCCUAUACAGGCGGGAUCAGAUGAUCCAAUCGCUCACCUGCCAGGUCCAGGCUUACAAGCACCGCUUGAUGAGUUUUGGCUACAAUGAGGCCGAGGCUGAGGGCGCUGGCGAUGGCGACUAUGUUGGGGAUCUCAAUGAGGGUGAGAACGCCGAAAUCCAAUUCGAAUUCCCCUUUUUUGAUUACCCUCCCCUGAAGUGCAACCUAAAUGAGGUGUCCGCCACGCCGGCAGGCUCUGGAGACGAUGUCACGUUUGAUCUUGAUAAGUACGCGUUUGGGGAGACCCCACGGGAGCACCUGCAGAAUCUUGAAUAUCGGAUCCAGCAGUUGGAGCGCACCCCAAGCAACAAGCGGAUGAACGGUGGGGAUUACCCGAAUACGCAGAGCUUUGUAGAGAAGGUGGCUGUUGGGCAAUCUCCAAGUGGACCACGGCACACCCGGAGAUGCUCCACCGAUAGCACCGAUACAUUUUCUGGGGUGAUUGAGGGAACAAGCGGUCAAGAUACAUCAGACACUCCCAGGACAUUUGUGGUCGAAAGCGUCAAGAAGACGGAUGAUUUUUUGAAUGCGGAGGAAGACCCGAGAAAGGCUGUGGAUAAUGUGUUGGAAGUUGGAGACGACGUGAGUGACAGGAUAUACACUGUUGAUUCGGUGCAAACCAAAGUGACAGUGGGGGCAUGCGAACAUUAUGCAACCACUCCACGAGAGUCUUACACAGGGGUCAGUGCAGGGGAGACUGAUAUCAAGAAGCUGUACACAAGGCUUCAGGCACUUGAGGCGGACAGGGAAUCGAUGAGACAGGCAAUCAUUUCAAUGCGAACUGAAAAGGCACAGCUGGUGUUGCUGAAGGAAAUAGCACAGCAGCUAUGUAAAGAGAUGCCUCUGGAGAAAAGGGUACCCGUGAAGAAGCCAUCACUAAUUAGACGCUUUUCGCUCAUGUCCAUGCUGAAUGUACAGCCCAAGGCUGAUAUCAAUGCGUGGCUUAAAACGUGUGUUCAUGCCUUCAUGGGGAGUCCAAUGUGUUUCAGACGAAUUGUACAAUCCCCCAACUCAAAAGGCUUUGUGGGGGGUGGGGGGUGGGAUACAACCCAACUCACACCCUGUUCUUUUGGUACUGCAAUGUCUGUGAGUGAUAUCAGCAUGGAUCACCCACCACAUACAAGUUUCAGACUAUAUUUGAAACCUUCGCUAGUACCUUUUAUUAAUUAUCAACCUUUAUGUUACAUUCUACCAUUUAUUGACCCUUCCAUAAGCAGUCGGGGAAAGAUUGUGUGCACCCAGCAUUCGCUGAAACUUUGUGUGCUCAUAUCUCCCUCCAUCUAUAAAUGGUGGAUGGGAAUCUUAACACGCAUUUCCAAGUGGACAUUUGACAAUGUGAAUUGUGUAAUUCUGCUAGAUUCCUGCUAACCAUCUGUAAAUGGUGAGAGAAAAUGGGUGCCUGACUCUUGGCAAACAAUGUGUGCAUUGAAGUCAUGCCCCAAACAAUUUAUUCAUUCCAUACAAAACCACUAUUCAAAACCAUUCCUUCCACAAUAAGCAGUAGCUAAAACCAUUCCCAACAGAGAAAACCACUACCUCGAACUUUCGUUGCAUGGUUGCACCAGAUUCCCCUCCAAAACUAUCAUACUAUAGCCAAAACAACUGCCCAGAACCACCCUCCAACAAAACAACCACUUAGUAUGGCUCCCUACACAAAAACUACCUACAAAACCACCUUCCUACAACCCAAACUGCUUCCUCAAAAACUAGCCUCACACCGUCAUCCUUACGAAAAGAUGUAGAAUGUGUCUUCAAGCCCCAAUGGUUCAUUACUGCAUACAAAGAAGCUAACAUCCUGUGAAAAAACAAUGCUUCUUCUGUGUCAUCAUCCCAUCCUCCCCUUCUCUUUCCUGAGGUUCAUGCAUGUCUUUGGUUCUGGACUUCUUUUCUUUGGUCAUUGGACAAAUGAAAUGAAGGUUCAUGGCAGCAUUUCAAUGCCUAUGGAAGUUAGGAAGUUGUGUGUAUGUGUGGAUAAGUUGUUGGAUGAAUGAAAGGCCCCUGGCAGGCAACUUCAUGUCACCAAAGGCCCGUUUGGAAGGUGCAUCCAAACACACAACGAUCAACUGCUGAUUGGAUCAAAACGCCGUUUAAGCCUCAAAUGCCCAUUUGGAUGGUGUGUCCAAAUGGUCCCCAAGACUUGUUUCUUGUUGGGUUCAUCAAAAGCAUUUAAAGUUGUUUGUGAAUAAUCAACUGCCAUUUAAAUCAUAACUUAGCUGCCUUUGAGAUAUCUGAUUUUCUACACCAUACAAGCUUU